AUGGAGGAAGGGGAGUUGGGAGCAUGGAGGAAGGGGAGUGGGGAGCAUGGAGGAAGGGGAGUUGGGAGCAUGGAGGUGGGGAGCAUGGAGGAAGGGAGUGGAGAGCGUGGAGGAGGGGAGUGGGGAGCAGCGAGGAAGGGGAGUGGGGAGCAGGGAGGAAGGGGAGUGGGGAGAAUGGAGGAAGGGGAGUUGGGAGCAUGGAGGAAGGGGAGUGGGGAGCAUGGAGGAAGGGGAGUGGGGAGCAUGGAGGAAGGGGAGUGGGGAGCAUGGAGGAAGGGGAGUUGGGAGCAUGGAGGAAGGGGAGUGGGGAGCAUGGAGGAAGGGGAGUGGGGAGUAUGGAGGAAGGGGAGUGGGGAGCAUGGAGGAAGGGGAGUUGGGAGCAUGGAGGUGGGGAGCAUGGAGGAAGGGAGUGGAGAGCGUGGAGGAGGGGAGUGGGGAGCAGCGAGGAAGGGGAGUGGGGAGCAGGGAGGAAGGGGAGUGGGGAGAAUGGAGGUGGGGAGCAUGAAGGAAGGGAGUGGAGAGCGUGGAGGAGGGGAGUUUGGAGCAUGGAGGUGGGGAACAUGGAGGAAGCGAGUGGGGAGCAUGGAGGAGGGGAGCGUGGAGGAAGGGAGUGAGGAGUGUGGAGGAAGGGAGUGGGGAGUUUGGUGGAGCGGAGAGUGGAGGAAGGGAGUGGGGAGCGUGGUGGAGGGGAGCAUGGAGGAAGGGAGUGGGGAGCGUGGAGGCAGGGAGUGGGGAGCCUGA